UGACUCAUUCCAGGAUCAGUUCAGCUGCGUCUCAGUGGGUUUUGUUCAGACUGCAGAAUCUUCAUCUUCAACUCUUUGGACUGUUUGAAGAAACUAUGAAGGUGUGUGUGUGAGCUGAUGUGGACGUGAAUUCAGCAGAAUGGAUCAGUAUGAGGACGGAGAGGAGGGAGUCCCUCCCUCUAAAACCUCUCUGUGUGGGGAACAUGAGAGUCGGGGCAAAGCUCAGAGGAAUCAACCUGGACCCAAUCCCGGACCUGGACCUGGACCUGAAUCCGGACCUGGACCCAGCUGUGUUUCCUUUCAGAGCGACCGGUCAAAUAGCAGGUUAAUUAACUUUAAAAGAGGCCGACGUUCCGCUGUAAAGAGGGUCCAUCAGGAAAGAGACUCUCUUGAACAUGAACCCAGCUGUGUAUCCUUGAAGAGCGACCGGUCAAAGCGAAGGUUUAUUGACACUAAAGGAGACCAACAGUCUUCUUCAGAGAGAGUGGACCAGCAGAGCUCAGAGCCUCCCAGCGGUCCGUCUGUCCAGCAGCAUCAGACACAGCUGGACUCCAUAUUUCUGCUGCUGGAGGACAACAUUGUCAUGUUUGUGAAGAACGAGCUGAAGAAGAUCCAGAGGGGUCUGAGUCCAGAUUACCCAGAAUCCCUAGAGCAUCUGUUGCUUGGUGAGAAUGAAGAGCAGAAGAGGAGCAACAGAGAGGCGUUUGUGAAGAUCACAGUGAACUUCCUCAGGAGAAUGAAGCAGGAGGAGCUGGCUGAGCGUCUGCAGAGCAUUUGUAACAAGCGACUGAAGUCGAAGCUGAAGAAGAAGUCCCAGUGUUUGUUUGAGGGGAUUGUUAAAGCAGGAAACCCCACCCUUCUGAAGCAGAUCUACACAGAGCUCUACAUCACAGAGGGAGGGACUGGAGACGUCAACCAUGAACAUGAAGUCAGACAGAUUGAAGCAGCAUCCAGGAAACCACACAGAAAAGAAACAACCAUCAGACAGGAAGACAUCUUUAAACUCCCACCUGGAAGAGGUGAACCAGUCAGAACAGUGAUGACGAAGGGAGUGGCUGGCAUCGGGAAAACAGUCCUAACACAGAAGUUCACUCUGGACUGGGCUGAAGGCAGAACCAACCAGGACAUCCAGUUACUUUUUCCAUUCACCUUCAGAGAGCUGAAUGUGCAGAGAGAGGAGAAGUUCAGCUUGGUGGAACUUGUUCAUCACUUCUUCACUGAAACCAGAGCAAUCUGCAGCUUUGAAGAGUUCCAGGUCGUGUUCAUCUUUGAUGGUCUGGAUGAGAGUCGACUUCCUCUGGACUUCCACAACAAUGAGGUCGUGACUGAUCUUACAGAAUCCACCACAGUGGAUGUGCUGCUGACAAACCUCAUCAGGGGGAACCUGCUUCCUUCUGCUCGUCUCUGGAUCACCACACGACCCGCAGCAGCCAAUCAGAUCCCUCCUGACUGUGUCUCCAUGGUGACAGAGAUCAGAGGGUUCACUAACCCACAGAAGGAAGAAUACUUCAGGAAGAGAUUCAGAGAUGAGAAGCAGACCAGCAGGAUCAUCUCCCACAUCAAGACAUCACGAAGCCUCCACAUCAUGUGCCACAUCCCAGUCUUCUGCUGGAUCACUGCUACGGUCCUGGAGAAAGUCCUGGAGAAAGUUCUGGAAACCAGAGAGGGAGGGGAGCUGCCCAAGACCCUGACUGAGAUGUACAUCCACUUCUUGGUGGUCCAGGCCAAAGUGAAGAGGGUCAAGUAUGACGGAGGAGCUGAGACGGAUCCACACUGGAGUCCAGAGAACAGGAAGAUGAUCAAGUCUCUGGGAAAACUGUCUUUUGAGCAGCUGCAGAAAGGAAACCUGAUAUUCUAUGAACCAGACCUGAGAGAGUGUGGCAUUGAUGUCAGAGAGGCUUCAGUGUACUCAGGAGUGUUCACACAGAUCUUUAGAGAGGAGAGGAGCCUGUACCAGGACAAGGUCUUCUGCUUCAUCCAUCUGAGUGUUCAGGAGUUUCUGGCGGCUCUUCAUGUCCAUCGGACCUUCAUCAAGUUUGGAGUCAACCUGCUGGUGGAACAGAGAAACACCCCCUGGUGGUUUAAAACAAGAGAAGAGACUGACCUCCAUCAGAGUGCUGUGGACAAGGCCUUACAGAGUCCAAACGGACACCUGGACUUGUUCCUCCGCUUCCUCCUGGGUCUUUCACUGGAGACCAAUCAGACUCUCCUACGAGGUCUGUUGGAACCAAGACAAAGACGUUCACAGAACAAUCAGGAAACAGUUGAAUACAUCAAGAAGAAGAUCAGUGAGGAUCUGUCUGCAGAGAAAAGCAUCAACCUGUUCCACUGUCUGAAUGAACUGAACGAUGGUUCUCUGGUGGAUCAAGUCCAACAGUACCUGAGGUCAGGACGUCUCUCCACAGAUAAACUGUCUCCUGCUCAGUGGUCGGCUCUGGUCUUCAUCUUACUGUCGUCAGAAGAUCUGGAGGUGUUUGACCUGAAGAAAUACUCAGCUUCAGAGAAGGUUCUACGGACGCUGCUGCCGGUGGUCAAAGCCUCCAAGAAAGUUGUGUUGAGUGGUUGUAACCUCUCAGAGGACAUCUGUGCAGAUCUGUCCUCAGUUCUCAGCUCUCCGUCCUCCAGUCUGACAGAACUGGACCUGAGUAACAACCCCCUGCAGGAUUCAGGACUGAAGGAGCUGUGUCCUGGACUGGAGAGUCCACACUGUCACCUGGAGUCUCUCAGGUUGAGUUGUUGUAACCUCUCAGAGGACAUCUGUGCAGAUCUGUCCUCAGUUCUCAGCUCUCAGUCCUCCAGUCUGACAGAACUGGACCUGAGUAACAACCCCCUGCAGGAUUCAGGACUGAAGGAGCUGUGUCCUGGACUGGAGAGUCCACACUGUCACCUGGAGUCUCUCAGGUUAAGUGUCUGUAACCUCUCAGAGGACAUCUGUGCAGAUCUGUCCUCAGUUCUCAGCUCUCAGUCCUCCAGUCUGACAGAACUGGACCUGAGUAACAACCACCUGCAGGAUUCAGGACUGAAGAAGCUGUGUCCUGGACUGGAGAAUCCACACUGUCACCUGGAGUCUCUCAGGCUUUCAGGCUGUCUGAUCUCAGAGGAAGGCUGUGCUUCUCUGGUCUCAGCUCUGAGCUCCAACCCCUCCCAUCUGAGAGAGCUGGACCUGAGCUACAACCAUCCAGGAGAGUCAGCAGUGAAGCUUUUGUCUGCUGGACUGAAGGAUCCCUGCUGGAGACUGGACACUCUCAGGUUGGAGCAUACUGGACAACGAUGGAUGACACCAGUUCUGUGGAAGUAUUCGUGUCAACUCACCAUCGACACAAACACAGUCAACAACAACAUCAAACUGUCUGACAACAACAGGAAGAUGACACGUGUGGAAGAAGAUCAGUCAUAUCCCGAUCAUCCAGACAGGUUUGAUUUCUGGUGUCAGCUGCUGUGUAGAGAAGUUCUGACGGGUCGCUGUUACUGGGAGGUCCAGUGGAGAGGAGAUUUUUCUGUAUCAGUGAGUUACAGAAGAAUCAGAAGGAAAGGAGACUCUAAAGACUGUAGGUUUGGAUGGAACGAUCAGUCCUGGAGUCUGUCCUGUUCUGAUGGUGGUCGGUACUCUGUCUCGCACAAUAACACAGUAACAUAUUCCUCCUCCUCUUCCUCAGUCUCUGAGAGAGUAGCAGUGUAUGUGGAUGUUCCUGCUGGAAAUCUGUCCUUCUACAGCGUCUCCUCUGACAGACUGAUCCACCUCCACACCUUCAACACCACAUUCACUGAACCUCUCUAUCCUGGGUUCAGGUUCUGGUCUGGUUCUUUAGUGUCUCUGUGCUGAGUUCAGUCUCAACAGUCUCCUCCUGUCAGAGAAAUUGUCUCUGUUGGACAGAUAGAUGUAUCAUUCUUAAAAUAUCACAAGGACUCAUUCGUAACACCCUUAACUACCAUCAUAAAUAAAUCCAUAAUCAAAGGGUCCUUCCCUAACCCAUGGAAGUUCUCUAUCAUCACACCAGUCUUUAAAUCAUGAAAUCCUGCAACAAUUAGUAAUUAUAGACCGAUAAGUAUACUUCCUGCAGUAUCCAAGGUCAUAGAAAAACUUGUAGCGGAGCAAAUUAUUGGACAUCUUAACAACAGUCCAUACACCCUUAACAGGAUGCAAUUUGGCUUUAGAAAACACCACUCUACUGAGACGGCUGUCUGUUUCUUCCUGGAAAACAUAAAAUCAAAGCUGGAUACAGGUGGUGUUAUUGGUACUGUUUUUAUUGAUCUUAGAAAAGCUUUUGACACCAUUAAUCACCAGAUACUGUUAACUAAACUGUCUUACUUUAACCUCUCCCUAAAUACAUUGAACUGGAUUAAAUCCUACAUCUCAUCAAGAACACGGUGUGUUAGGACAAAGAACAUGAAGUCAACGUCACGAAACAACAACCUUGGGGUACCACAAGGGUCGGUCCUAGGUCUGCUGCCUUUUAGUUUAUUUAUAAAUGAUCUGCCAAGCUGCUGUCCUUCUAAUAUCACCUGUCAAAUGUAUGCUGAUGAUACUGUUCUGUAUGCUGCAAGAGAACUGACAGAUGCUAUGUCAAAUGGCUUGAGAAAUUGCAAAUGCACUUAAAUGUAUCUAAGACUGUAUGCAUGUACUUCUCAAAAAGGGCAAACACUGAUAUUAAUUCCAACAUAUAUGUGCAAGGUAAAAAGAAAUGGGGUGGUGCAAAACAUUAAAUACCUAUGAAUCACUCUUGACCUUCAACUCCUUUUCGAACACCAGAUAAAAAAGACUGUGAACAGAAUCAAGUUUAACUUGUCCAACUUCAGGUUUAUUAGGAACAACCUAACUCCUGAGCAGUGGCAGCUUGUCAAUAGGGGGCGCUAGGGCGCCCAUUAAAAUUACAGGGGGAAAAAAAAAUGUAUAUAUAGACAGUGUAGCUGUCUUAAUAAGCCAGACAUGGGAAUUUGUUCUAUUUUUAUUUUAUUGGGUUUCUAAAAAUAAUCUAAUAUGUACCAUGUGUGUUUCUUUUGAGCAACAUUGUAUCUGUGUGUCUGUAUGUCCUUCAGUACUUCAGUACUGCUGUAGGGACAGGCAGAGCCAGGCCUCCUCCUAAUUGGUGCAGGGUAAAUUGAGUGCACCUGAUGAGCCUAGCUCAUUCUGAACUGAGCUUCAGUGGUGAUAGCAGCUCUUUCUGUGUUGAGCAAGAGUUGCCGUAAAAUAAAUAAAACAACUUAACUAUCCUAAAAACGUGGUAGAAGGCUUACACGGUACGUUGUUGUCUUUGUUUGUAUACAUUUAUUUAAUUUCAUCGUUUGUUUAAAAAUGUAAAAAUUUCCUUCAACGUGUUAAAAAUAUAUUUGUUUAUGUUUGCAGUUUUUCACGUUGUCUGUUGGAAAAUAAAACACCUUCAGAUGUCAGUGGAGCGUUGUCUAUAUCUACCAUUUUAAGAAGCUUUAGGAGCAGUUACAG